GGACGCGGUCGGGGUACUUGGCCCGGAUCUUGGCAGACUCCACGCACCGAUGCUCUGGGGAGAAGGCGAGGAGAGCUGCGUUAGGCAGCUGAGCCCGGCCCCUGCCCACCCGCCGCCCCCCGCUUACCCAGCGCGUGGUCCUCCUUGAACAUCCACUUCAUGGUCGGGCGAGGCGGUCGGGCGGGCGGGUCGGGCCUGUCGUCCUCCAGCAGCUCCUCGGCAGCCGCAACAGCCCCUCUGCGCACGGGGGGCGGGACUUCCGGCGACGCUCACGCAGCCGCGGCCUCCGCCGCGGCGAUUGGUUGGCAGGGCGGCGCGUCCAUCGCCUUGGAGACGCGCGGCAGCAUGGCCUGGCUGGAGGUGGCGGCGGGAUGCGGGCGGCGCGGGCGGGCCCGGCUGUGCUCCCUGGCGGCGCUGGGGCUGCUGCUGCUGGGCGCGCUCACCUACGUGCCGCCUCUGUUGGUGGCCUACCGGAGCCACGGCUUCUGGCUCUCGCAGAGCAGCUACGCCGAGCAGCCCAGCGUCCGCUUCCGGCACGAGGUGCUCCUGGCGGCGCUGACGGAGGGCGACGGGCCGCUGGGCUGGAGCUCCUUCGCCUCCUGCAAUCGCCUGCUGGGCGCCCGCCUGCGCAUCCCGCUCGUCUCGGCUCGGGAGGAAGACUCCGACCAAGAUGGAGUGAUGGACGCGCUCCGUUUCCAGCUGGAGCUUCCGCUGCUCUCCUCUGAAAGAGUGGUGGGGAUUCAGCUCCUGCUGACUUUCUCCUACGAGUUGCACAGAAUGUCCACCUUCGUGAUGCAGAGCAUGGCUUUUUUACAGUCUUUUUCCCCUGUGCCAGGAUCACAGGUAUUUGUAAAUGGAGAUCUCAAACUUCAUCAGAGGCAGCCCCUUCACCAUGCUGGGCUGGAUAGCAGAUACAAUGUAUCUGUGAUCAAUAGUACAAGUCCUUUUGCCCAAGACUAUGAUUUUGUGAACAUUGUUGAAACAUAUCAGAAGAGGAAUGUUACAACAGUUUUGUCUGGUCCCAGUCCCAUUUGGGUGACUGGAAGAUCACCAGAUCAACCAUUUGUGAUCCAGGCCUUCAUCCAUUAUCCGAUGGAAUUAAUUGUAUAUCAGCCAGGCUUUUGGGAGAUGAUGAAGUUUGCCUGGAUGCAGUACAUUAGCAUCCUCCUGAUUUUUUUGUGGAUUUUUGAAAGAAUAAAAAUCUUCCUUCUUCAAAAUCAAGUGCUGAACACAGUGCCAGUGUCUCCGCUCCCCCCCCUCUUGUCCUAUAAAGAGCACAAAUCCUGACCAAGCCUUCACUGGGAAAGAACUUUGCUCUCAGGGGCCUCCCCUGCUUUGCAUUUGGAAGAUGAGGCUUUCCACAGGUUGGGUUUAUAUAUUAUUUUGCAAAGUUUAUCCUCAGUAUAGAUUUUCUUUCCUGUCCUAUUUUUAGAAAUCUGUUUGUUAUUAUGAUCUAUCAGAUGACGGAUCAACCAUAAUACAGUGACAAGAUAAACAAUUUAAUGAAAGUUCUACAAAUGAGUUUUGCUCUAAGUACAUAACUGAAUUCCAAUCUUGAUGGCAAAGUCCUCUAGAAGGAAUUAACUACAGAAACAAAAAGAGAACUCUAUUCUUUGAAAAGACAGAUUUUCUCUACAAGAAUACUGAAAUAAAGAACGCCUUUGUUCUUUUUCCUUUUGUUUGCAAAAUCCCAAGGAGAAAAUUAAGGGAAUAAGGAGCUGCUAUUGUCCCAGAAAGCUUGGGUUCUUUCACCUGGCAUGCAAGUCCAAUGAACCAUGCCGGAUAGAUGGAUGGGGGGGUGGAGUUUUAUAGGCAAAUAAAAGGGUUACUCCAAAGCAAGUUCAAAUUGGUUGCAACCCUGCUUGGAGCAGACCUUUUAUACAAUUUUGAAAGGCAUUCAUUGUCAUGGAAACACAGCGUCAUUGACCAGUCAUUAAGAGCAAUAUCACGCAUACAUAUUCAGUGGGCAUAGUAACUCAGUUUAACUAAAGGUUACAAGGUAAGUUACAGGGUAGGCUGAGACCUUUGUCUUAUCAAUCUUAUCUGUAACAACAUUCCCAAGUAACUUGGUACCGGGUCUCAUCCAUCAUUCUAGGGAGCCAAGGAUUCUUGAACAGGAAGGCAGAUGGUUUUUAACUCAGUGUUAUUUCUGCCUGUAAAAACUUUUCAGCCCAUAAAUAGCUGUUUGUGGAUAUAUGCAUAACGAUGAUCUUUCGAAAACCGAGCGCAACAAAAAUUUAUUUUAACGUAUGCAGAUUAGUGUACAUUUAAAGUGACAAAAGUUUUUAUUCUAUAUUCUAUUAAAACAUUUCAGCUCGUUGCAGGUUGAGGCCAGGCCUGAACCAUUCCAUCCUUAUCUCUUUGUGCUAAGAAAUAAACAGCACUUUAAUAUGUGACUGUUUAUUAACGUAUAAAUGUAAUUGGACUAAGGCUAAAUAAACUGGGCCAUGGGCCAUCUUUCCACUUUU